AGAUCGCGUUCCGUCCGGUCAGAGUUGGUUCGUUGGGGCGUCCGAGAAGUUCGUUCGCGCGUCGGGACUUAUCAUUUGGCAAGCGGUGCCGGAUCCGGAUGUUUGUAGUACAUUCGCGCGCGCGUUCGUAGUCACGCGUUUGAUUGCUGCCUAACUUGAGGCGCAAGGCCGAUACAACGCUUGUGGGUACCGUUGGUGAUUAAAGUUGAGCCCGGCGGUCAGCGACGUCGACGACCAGUCAGUCAGUCAGUCAGUCACUGGCUGUUCUGUGAUUAAUCCCAGUUCUCCCCCGCAGUCGGGUCGGGAGCUAUUUUAAAUACUCGUGAUUGCAGUGCAGUGCGGAGAUAUUUCCGCCGAUAGCCAAAUUCAAGUGCACUAAAAGGUUAUUCGGUCAAGCGGAACAGAAGAAAGAAGAUUAAAAAGUGGAACAGAAGAAAUAAGAAGAAGUUAAAGAAGAAUAAAAACAAAGUUAAAGAAGAAACAAAAUCACCCAAAAAAAGUCGUUUUGUAGCGGAAUACAAAAAAACGUGUCCCGCCAAAAUGGAAGAAGAAAUGUUGGCCAGUGAUAACAACAACGACGCUGGUGGUGACGUCGAGCAGCCACAAGAUGAAGGAGGUGAAACCGGUUUGUCACAGGACCGGACACCGGAAUGUUCCGGAGAAGAGGAACAGGAGCAGCAGCACGAGACGGCCGCGGCCGCCGACGAUUACGAGCCAUGUGAUCCGUUAAUUGUUUUGAAUCUGUUUCAAUCGCUGUCAUCCACCACCAGCUCGCUCGAGCUGCAGAUCAAGAUUAACAAGCAUCUGCGCGAGCUCACCGGAUCACCGUGCGUCUUCCUGGUGCCGAUUCUCAACUCCAGCGAGGAAGGCCUCAUCCAGGUUAUCAACGAUAACGUGCUCGAUAAGGAGCUCCGUUUUUCGAUCAACUCGUCACACUUGAAAAAUGCAUCCCAACAGAACGGAUAUCCGUUCGUCAUAGAGGACCUGAACAAAGACUUUUCCGAGGUGAUCGAAAUGGUGGUGGGCAACAAGCACAAUACUCUUAUCUUCGAUAUUAAAAGCUCCCGAGUCAGUAAACUUCAGACGCAGAUUUCCACGACGUCUGCGUCUUCCCUGACCUCGCUGCCGACGCUGGCGUCACUGGAUGGCAGCACCACCAACAAUGCUCAACAACAGCCGCAGUGCAACACCAACGGCACUAGCAACAACAACUGUAAUAAUCAUUCCCACCCACAGCAGCAGCAAAUUGCUUUGUUCGUGUGUAUCGCCGGCGACAAUGAAUCCCGAUCAAGAUACCAAUUCUACAUCGAGGACACCUUCAGAUACGUUCUCGGCCACUUGCUGACCGCCUUCGAGCUGUUCGAGGAAAAGCGGGUCCGAUAUCAGUGUCAGAACUUGCUGCAGGUGGCCCGCCGGUUGCUGUGCAAUAUCGGUGACUUGGGCCAGCUGCUGCGGGGCGUUAUGACAGAAGCCAAAGAACUUACCACGGCGGAACGGUGUUCGCUCUUCCUGCUGGACAAGGCUACCGGCGAACUGGUGUCGAAGGUGUUUGACGGUAACGAGGCGUCCAAGGAGAUCCGGAUCGAGAGCGGCAAGGGCAUCGCCGGAUACGUGGCACAAACGGGCAAGCUGCUAAACAUCCGGAACGCUUACCAGCACCCGCUGUUCUACAAGGGCGUUGACGAGUCGACGGGCUUCAAGACGCGGAACAUCCUCUGUUUUCCCAUUUGCGACGAGCAGGGCGUCAUCGGAGUGGCGCAGCUGUGCAACAAGAUUAACGGCUUCCACUUUGACAAGUGCGACGAGGAGGUGGCGACCGCAUUCUCCGUGUACUGCGGCAUCAGCAUUAUGCACGCGCUCGUCCACAAACAGGUCCAGAAGGCGGAGGCCCGCUACAAGCUGUCCCAGGAGCUGCUGCUGUAUCAUAUGAAGGUUCCGGACACCGAAAUCCAGCAUGUCCUCGAGGGGGUCAACACGAGCGAAACGGACCAGCUGCUGGUGGAAUUUCCAAGGUUCGAUUUUUGCCCGCGGGACGUGCGGAACUUUGCCCUUUCGGUGCAGCUUUCGAUGAAGAUGUUUUACGAUCUGAACUUUAUUACUACGUUUCAAAUCCCCGAGGAUAAGCUGGCACGGUUCAUCUUGCUGGUGCAACGAGGCUAUCGGGACACGCCGUAUCAUAAUUGGUGGCACGCGUUUUCGGUGGCCCACUUUGCGUACUCGUUGAUGACCAAUUUGCAGCUGAUUGAAAAGGGAAUCAUCACUAAAAUGCAAGGCUUUUCGUUCCUCAUUGCCGCCUUCUGUCACGACCUGGACCAUCGGGGCACGAGCAACACGUACCAGACGCAAUCGAGCAGUCCGUUGGCCCGGUUGUACAGCAGCGAGGGCAGCGUCAACGAGAGGCACCACCUGUCGCAGGCGAUCUGCAUCCUGAACGACUCGAGCAGUAAAAUUCUGGACGGGCUGUCCACCGAGGAGUUCAAAGAGUGCAUCGACUAUCUGCGCGAUCUCAUCCUGGCGACGGAUCUGGCCAAUCACUUCCGCAUUCUGCCCCACCUGAAGCGGCUGCGGUCGGAGAACCUGGUGGAGCCGGCAAACCAGCGAUUGCUGCUGUCGCUGAUGAUCACCUGCUGCGAUUUGAGCGAUCAGAUCAAGUCGUGGAAAACGGUUCAGCAUGUGGCGCACCUGGUCUACGCCGAGUUCUUCAACGAGGGCGACCUGGAGAAGCAGAUGGGCCUUCAUCCGAACGCCAUGAUGGACCGCAAGAAGGCAUGCAUUCCGGUGCUGCAGAUCGAGUUCCUAACGACGGUGGUGCGGCCCACGUUCGAGAUGCUGGUGACGAUCUUCCCGCAGACGGACGCGUUCCUCACGACCAUCGACAGCAACCGGCACCAGUGGGAGGAGGUCAAGGAGUCGACGAGCGGUGCGUGCAGCGGCGGAAGCGAGUGCUGCGAGUUCCAGGGCGGGCAGGAGGAUGAUGGCGGCAGUGCGCAGGAGGGUUAGUGAGGAGGUUUGCGGUGAGAAGGAGAGGAAGCUUCAUGAUGCUAGUGAUUAGACUUAGUUGGGGGGCGAGUGAGUGUUUUUUUUUAUUUAUUUUUUAGGGUUUAGAAAAUACUUGUUAUGAAGUUUUAGAAGUUUUUCACCUUUCACAUGUUUUUUAAGCUGUACUGUUUGCUGGCAAACGAUAGUAAUAUUCAAAGAAAUCAGUCACAUCGAAUCUUGUAAGCUAGACCUUUCCGAGGUCAUUAAAUGGUGUUGCCCAUCAGCAAUAAAGAACCUAUUUUUUAAACAGCACAACUUUUUUUUUUGAGAUAUAGUUAAGUCAACAAAACUACGAAUAGCACAAAGUGACAAUACAGAAUAAUUUGAUAAUUUCUGGUAGGGUUCUUGUAACAUUGCUACUCUGCCGUUCUACGCAUAAUUGUCCCAUGUCAGUUUUGGACGAUUUUGACUUUAUGACAUUUUUAAGUUUAAUUUGAUGUGUACUUUAAAAAAAACGCAUAAAAUCUGGUACUUUGUUCG